CAUAAGACUACCUCUUGCGAGUACCUAAGCUGACAAGCUAGGGUGAGGCCGGUGGCGAGUCCGCUGCUGGCCCUACAAAGAUAACCCCUCCAACACUAGGACCGGCCGCGUACUCCUGCCCUGCCGUUGCAAAUUGUUUGUCAUCUGCUGGGUUCUGGGAAUCAGCUGCACCCUACGGGACUUUACCAACCUGAUACUGUCCCAUUCACACACCCUCCAACACUAGGAAUGGGUGCUGGUUUGGGACAAGGUCCCAGCGGCGCGGAGGCCGACGCAGACUCACAAACGCAGCUAGCCGUGACCAGAAGUCCGCAAUCACCUCCACGCCGAUCCUGACUCGCACGAGUUAGGCCAGGAUGGCAUGGUGGGACACGGGGAAGCGGCACACCAUCUUUGCACGCGUGAAACUGGUCUGUUGUUACUGUGAUUCCUUCACAUGCAAAACAACGACUAGCUAGUCUGGUAGCAACACCCUGGGCGAUGCCGCCCAGACUUCGCGCUCAGCAGGCUCCGGUUGAGGCAGAGGAGAUUACGAGGCUGAAAGCUGAGCUACAAACGCUCUCUAGGACCCGGGCUACUCGAGACGUGUCUGGGCGAUACUCUCGGCUGCAUUCUGCUGCGACUCUCGCCGAGGUUGACAAGCUAGAUGGCAACGAGGAGGCGAGCGUACUGGCGUUGCUCGUUGCCGCUUAUGGUUCAGUCGGGCGGAGCAUUCUCGGCACUGCUGGCGCCAACUUGCGGGUGUGGGCAUUCCUCGGCUCCGAAAUUCGCGAGCGCUGCACCCCGCAGAUGGUCCUGGCCCUGCUGCGCUCGGAUACUCUCAGCCUGCUCGCACAGAUCUGCUCAGCACUGGGCACGGCCGAUGGCGGCGAUGCUGCCGGUCCCUCCACCAGCAGCAGCAGUGACAUCCCGCGCAGUGCACAGGUGGCCAUCGUCGGGCAGGUCUCUUGCAUGCUCUACAGCAUUGUGAGCACGACGGACGCAGAACAGAGCGCAGCGCUAUCCGGGCUGGCGAUCGCGCUCGAGCGCAGCCAGCUUCUGGAGCAUCUCACCGGGGCCAUCCUGCGCGUGGCGGCAGUGCUGCCACCGGGCGUGCGCGGCAGCGGCGACCCGGACGCCGCUUGGCUUCGUCUCCGCAAUGCAGGCCAGGAGCCUUCAGAGGCGUUUGGUGCGGAGGCGGACUGGGCUUGCCUGUGCCUGGCGGUCCGCGCAGUGUGCCAGUCAGUGGAACCGCUAGUGUAUCCCAAGAACUUGGCUGUCGACUUCAGCAGCCUUGCGCCUGUGCCGCACCCGGCGUAUGCGGAGACGUUUCCUGAGGUGUUGGCUCAUGUGUCCCAGCUGCGUCUGCUGCUGUCAGGGCGAUGCGUGCAGUGGUUCAUGGUAUGGGUGCUGCAGGCCGCGUUCCUGGGCGCGGCAGCUGCGGCGGCUCCUGCUGCGGCGGCUCCGGAUGCAGCCACCGCAGCGGCAGCAGCGGGGCCCGGGCCCUUCGGGCCCGACGCGCCACAGCAGGAUGUGCCGCGCUUCCUGCCCCUCCGCCUUCCACCAGCGCCAGCGGCUCUCCCGGUGGCUGGCACGCCCAUGGCCGUGUGUAGCGCUGUGGUGUCGGCCGUGACGCUGGUCUGGCAGGUGACGAUAAGCGGGCCCGGGCACCUGCCAAUGGCGCAGCCGCCUGUCGGCUACAGACCGGCGGCGACCCCAGUGCAGCAGGUGGCAUCCGGUGCGGCUGCUGCCGGUGCUGGUGCAUAUGCCGCUGCAACUGCCGCGAAGGCUGGUGCCGGUAGCUCAGGGGGGGCGGCAUUGCACGGUGUCCCCAACAGCGCCGUUGCAGUAUACGACUUGAUCAAAGCGGCCUGGCCGAGAUUGUACGGCAUGGGCAGCGGCGUUAGUGGUACCGACGACGGCGGCGGUGACCGCGGUGGCAGCCGAAUGUUUGCAUCAGCAGUGACAGCGCUGCUGUGUCGGCUGGUGACGGAGCUGCUGCCGCGCCAGGCGGCGGCGCGGCUGCCGGGGCUGUGGCGGGACGUGCUGGUUCCGGGGAUGUGCAAGCAUGCUACAGGAGUCCACGGCCCCUGUGUGGGCGAGUUGCUUCGGCUGCAGGUGCCCGCACCGCCCCUGGCGGCUGGCGCGCCGCCGCCGUCAGCAGGGGCCAGCAGCUACGGCACCUACAGCCUGCACUGCGCGCUGGACGCGGGGCUGCUGCCGCCGCUGGAGCGGGUCCUGCGCAACGAGCAGGCGUGGGCGAUAGGCAUCCCGGAUGGCAGCGACGGCGGGCCCAGCCUCGAAGUCAGCCCGGAUUCUGCCUUUUUCAUGCUAAGCGAAAUUAAUGGCGUGUUACGCUACUCGGGCUUGUGGCCGGCGGCGCUCGCGCACGCGCCGCCGGAGCAGGUGCUGGGGCUGGUGGCGACGCUGGCGGCGGCCGCGCGAUGGCUUUUGCAGCAUCCGCCGGUGUUGCUAAGGGGCCGGCCGCUGACGGGGCGCCUGAACUACAUGAAGGUGGGCCAGGUUGAUGCGUGGGAGGAGUUGUAUUAUAACCUGGCAGCGCUGUUGGAGCAGGGGCUAGACCUGGCGGAGGAUGCGGCAGCGGAGGGCUCGGCGGCAGCGGCACGUGCGGCGCGGGAGGAAGCGGCAGUCUCGGUUGCAGGGGCUCCGGCGGACUCCAGCGGCCACAACCACCGGCGCCGCUACCUGCGGCUGAACGACGCGCUAGAGGCUCCGGAGUCCGCGCCCAUGCAGUGGCCGUGGCUGGUGGCUGCUGGCGGCACGCCGCCGGCUGGGUCGGCGGCGGCACAGCGCGACUGGCUGUUGUCCUUCGCGGUGCAUCGAUGAUUACCGCUCUUACUGGACGAUGUAGGCACAGCUUUACCUGAAAUUAUAAAACGGGAGGGAACAGCCGCAGACGCAGACGGGGAGGCUGCGGGCUUGACCUCCAUCGGCUU